GAUAUAAGCCGUAAAUAUAAGUUAAUAUCCCUCUGCUUGUUAUCUCUUAUUCGGCUUUGGGGACCAAACAAAACCAUGGUUUGCUCUUCACCUUCAGCUCUCUCCCACUCUUCCUUUACUAUUUCAAGCACCAAUUUAAAUGUCUGGGAAAAACCUGGUAACCUGCAUAGCAGAGUCCAAGUAAAGAGCUGUAAAAGACCUACCACAGUCGUAGUUUGUUCUGGUUCUUCUUCUCCGGCUCCGACGUCUCGCCGCCGCGUUCUUCUCCAAAGCUCCGUUUCUUUGGCUGCUUCAGCUGCCAUUCUCCUCUGCUCAAAUCCAGCUGAAGCAGGAUUUCUAUCAGGAUCGACCGGAAUAGAAUCAGUUCCGGGUCCUGAGUUGCCUCAAAUCGACUUCCUCAAACGCUUCAAUGAAGAAAAUCAGAAGAAGUAUGCAGAAAAUGAUGCAAGAUUCAGAUCAACUCAAAUACUCAAGGAGCUACUAGAAAAGUCCAAGCUCAACAAAGAAAAGAAUAGUAAGGAAAUUCAAGACAAGUACUGCAUACGCGGGGCGGAGUGGGGAGUAGGAGAUUGCUCAGCGGAGGGAAUGACACCUAACGAGAAAGACAAGUUCAUCGCAAUGUUGAAGGAGAAGGCUGGCGUCAAGGAUUGAUUUUUACUAACUCGUGCAAGCUCUCUGCUUUCUGUAAACCCUAAUUUCCAAGUAACUCGUAGGAUCUUCUCGUUUGAAGAGAUGGAUAAAUUUGUAAUAAGAGUAAACGACCACGACUACUACGAGCAUACAACGAUUCAAUUCAUGCGCAGUAUGGAAGAUACGACCACGACUAUUACGAGCGUACAACUAUGAUAUUUAUGCACGUAAGAGACUAGUAUGUAAGAGGAUUAUGUAGGUGUUUGCAUGAUUUAGGACAUACCCUCAAAUUACAAAGACUAGCAUUUCUGCACGCGCUUAAGUGCAUGCAGAAGACA